CUUUUUUACGAGAAGAAUCGAUCAUUUCGGAUUUAGAUCUGACAAAUGAGUGAACAAAGAGUGCCACCAAACGAAGAUGAACCUUACGAUCCUUAUGCUCAGCAAGUGACAACGAAACCAGUCUCUGACUUCAAAUCGCUGGCGAAUUUAGUGAAAAGUGCAGUUGGUACGGGAUUGUUUGCUAUGCCAAACGCGUUUGCCAGUGUCGGCUUGGUUAUCGGUGUUAUCGGCACGAUUCUGAUGGGUGUACUGAUUACUGGAUCUCUUCACAUAUUGGUUAAGAUUCACCACAAGAUGUGCAUUCAUUUAAGGAAGCCAAUAUUGCACUACGACGAAGUAGUCGUCGCUAGUUUAACGACGAGUGUUCAAAAAUCAUGGAUGUCUACACGAGUUGUGACAUGCAUCAUUCAUGCAGCAAUCAUAAUAUGUUACACAGGCAUCGGUGCAAUUUACGUUGUAUUCAUAUCUGGGAUCAUACAGGAAUUUUUCGACUUUGAGGAAACCAUAGACCAAGGAUAUUAUGCUUUGAUUUUGUUUCCUUUGUUCCUCGCAAUGAAUAUGAUAAAACAUUUAUACGAUAUUGCUGUUAUGUCAAUAAUUGGAAAUUUGUUGCUCUUCAUUUCCGCGUUGUUAGGGAUAAUACAUGCAUUGAAAGAUGGGAUUGGAGAUAAAUGGCACGUGAUUGGUCCAGACGUGAGUCUGUAUCCAAAAUUCGUUGGAACUGUCUUCUUCAGCAUGAGUUCUCCGGGAUUAAUAUUAGCUUUACAACACAACAUGGAGAAGCCAUGGAAUUUCACGAAAUUUACCGGAGUACUGAACCAUGGUAUGGCACACAUAACUCUUCUGCACACUUUCGUCGGUGUAAUUGGUUACUUGAAAUGGGGUACUGAUUCUGUGGGCAAUUUCAUUCGAAACCAGCCAGUAAACGACGUACCAAAAAUAACUGCAUUGACGAUGCAAGGUCUGUCAAUAUAUUUCACAUACGGAUUACAAUGCUACAUGCCAAUAGUGAUCUUACUAGAGGAGUAUAUUAUACCAGCACUCAACGAACGGUCUUACAUUGGAACUUCAUUUUGUUGGAACAUGUGUAUUCGUUUUGGCAUCACUCUUAUGACAUGUUUGCUAGCAGCGAUAAUUCCUAAAUUGGAUUUAUUCAUUGCUGUGGUUGGAGCUGUUUGCACAUCGACUUUAUCAACCAUUAUCCCAAUUACUCUGUACAUUCUGGUGUAUCGUAACAAUUAUGGCACGCUGAAAUGGAAAUUAAUUUUAGGCUUGUCUUUGUUGACUGUUGCGUCUAUUAUCACGCUGUGUGCCAUCGUAGUCAAUUUAGUCUUGAUCAUCGAAUUUUUCAGGAACAGCAUAGAACGUAUCACGGAUCUUAUGAAAACUCAAGAAAAGCUUCAAAUUGCUAUUUAUUUACAACGAAAAAUAUCUUCGAGUGCAAAGGGUUAA